GAAGGAGAGCACCCGGAACUAUGGCAUCAUUUUCCACCUCCUUCUCCCUUUUCCUUUUCCUAUGUAUACUGGCUCUUUCUGACAUCAGCCUUGCGGUCUCCCUGGACCCCGGCACGAAGCUCAAGAACAUCCCAGAGAACAACAACCACCUUCAAACCCAAGAGCUGUGGCCCCAGCAGCCCAGAAGUGGCCACCAGCACAAGCACGGUGUGGCCAAGAAAGAGCGGGUCCAGCCCACGUCGUCCAGAGGGCAGCCAGCCGCCGAGGAGGCCCUCAGAGCCGGGAGCGGAGCCCCAGCCGCCGACGAGCCCGCAGCCGUGGGGCAGCCAGCAGCCCUGAAGCAGGAUAAGGAUGGAUUCCUGGGUUUUGAGUAUCCCGAGAGGGAGAACCAGUCCCCAGGGUCUGAGAGGGGGAAGAAGCAGAACCGAGAGCAUCGGCGGCACAGCCGCAGGGACCGACUGAAGCACCACAGAGGGAAGACUGAUAUUGGGCCAAGUUCCCUGUACAAGAAGCCUGAACCUUUUCAAGAGCCGUUUCAAAACCUCCAGGCAGCGGAGGCGACAAGUCUGACCCCCACCAUGCUUCACUUCACUGCUCUGGAACUGGCAUUUUCCACAGAAGAGCCCCCUGUUCUUCCAGCCACAUCACCUCGCUCACAGGCUCGUGUCAGGCAGGAUGGGGAUGUGAUGCCCACCCUAGAUAUGGCACUCUUUGACUGGACAGACUAUGAGGACCUCAAACCAGAAAUGUGGCCAUCAGCUAAAAAGAAAGAGAAACGCCGCAGUAAGAACCCYAACAGUGGGAAUGAAACCGUGUCAGCUGAAGGAGAGCCCUGUGACCAUCAUCUUGACUGCCUCCCAGGAUCUUGCUGCGACUUGCGUGAACAUCUCUGCAAACCACACAAUCGAGGCCUUAACAACAAGUGUUACGAUGACUGUAUGUGCACUGAAGGGCUUCGCUGUUAUGCCAAAUAUCACCGGAAUCGAAGAGUGACCCGAAGGAAAGGACGCUGCGUGGAGCCUGAAUCAGUCAAUGGAGAGCAGGGAUCAUUCAUUAAUGUUUAGAAGGAUGGUGCUCUAUUUCCUGCCUGGAGGGUCUGGAGCUUGGGACAAACCAUAUAUACCUAGCAAUGGGGAUUAGAGGAAAAAAUCAGCAAAUGAUUGAAGCUGCAGGCUCUGAACAUGCCAAGCUCCAACAAGACUGAUGCUGCUGGUGGUUUAUGAAUAGAGUGGUCUCAGCCUUUCCUAUACCAGAACUUCCUCACUCACCUAUCCCCUCAGCACAUCCCUGUCAUGCAGCUGGAUCCCCCUCUCCCAGUUAGUAGGAAAUGAUCCUGAUUGUCAGUCUGAUGCCCUGAGAACGGGAAAGGUCCUUUGGUUGCAAGGCUUCCUCUCAACACAGGCAAGAUAGGAAAGAUCCUUCAGGUCAAAUCAUAGAAUCAUAGAAUGCUUAAGAUUGGAAGGGACCUCAGAGGUCAUCCAGUGCAACCCCCCUGCACACACAUGGAAUGAUAGAUAAGGUUGAGCUCGGCCCUUUAACUAUUGCUUGAGAAGAGUAGUAGAGUCUUAAGGAUCAGAGGUUCUUAGAAAGUAGGAAGCUUGUAGCCUCCAGAUAUAAAUAAAGGUAGGUAAUGAAUAUGGAUGAGCAGAAAGGUGGCUGUCCAGGUGAGAGAGGACCCUCUUGCCCUCUCCCUUUUUCAGACAGAUAUUCCCCAGCUCUUAUGCGCUACUGCUUCCUCCUUAGGACUGUCAGUUCCCACUCUCCUUCAUUUUUUUUGUUCACAGAGAAAUACCUGGUUUCUGCAAGGAUAUAGUAAGAGACAUCUCAGCCUACAGCUCUCACUCAUUUGAUUAUCCUGCCAACUCUGUUAUUUUUAAUUAUUAUUUUUGGGAGCUUUCUGGGGAAGUAAUAGUUUUCCUAGUGAGCCAAAAAACAAGUUUUUGGUAACAGGAGAUAGAGACGGACUAUUCCCUUGUAGUACAUCCUGUGACAUUUUG